UAAACCCUCGGUCCACCGCUGUGCGAACCCUCCUCCGCCCUUCCCCUCUCCGUCGCGGGACGACGGUGUUUUCCAAGCUGAGGCGCUUCGUGGGCUCCAUGGCGGCGGCGGCGCCGGUGUCCGGCCACCUCCGGGUGCGGUGCCCCUGCUCGCCCUUCCGCCACCGUCGGCCGUUUCCUCCGGCCCUUCCCGACCGAACAAGGCAACACUAUUCCAAUAGUUCAGACAUGGGAAUUAGAGAAAGCGGCGAUUUCAGGCUUGGAUUUUAUGCCAACUUUAAUGUGCAAAGUAGCAAACAAGAAUGGAUGAAUGAGAGCAGGAAGAUGUUUUAUCUUAGAACCACCAACGGUGUCAGCAAUAACAUCCAUAAUGGAGCCACUUCUCUAAGGGCUGAAGAUCUAAAUCAUGAACAACCCUUGGGUUCAACCUAUCCUUCCAUGUAUAACAAUCUAAGAGAAAGAGUGCCAUCUAAAUCAACUGUGAAUAGAUAUGCCAAUACAGAUUUGGUCAAGUGUAGUUUGACAAAUCGGUUUGCCCAUGCUGUGUCGGCCCCAACGAGUGUUGUUAACAAUCACAGCAAACUAUCGAGCAUGCCUAGUAGCUCUAAGGCGGAGAUUUCUUUGCAUGAUUGGUCAUCCAUGGAAGCCCCUCUGCCUAAUUUCUCAAAUACGGAGGCAACUUCAGAGUUUGAUGGCAAUGCUAAUGUUGGGUAUGAGAAUAAACACAAACUUUUUGCCAAAAAGGUGGCUCCAUCUUCCCCAGAAAAAAUAUCCUUGACCAAUGAGUCUAAAAGCACACGGAAGGCCCUUGCUGGCAUCUAUGACGAAGUUUUGGUUGUUGACAAUAUCGACUCAGCUGAGAAUGUUGUUCGAUUGCUUACUACAAAGUACAAAAGCUUUGUUCAUGCAUGCGACACAAAGGUAGCAAAUAUUGAUGUCAAAAAAGAGACACCGGUUGAUCAUGGAGAAGUAAUAUGCUUUAGCAUCUAUUCAGGAAAUUUGGAUGCACAUGCCGAUUUUGGAAAUGGCAAAACAUGCAUUUGGGUGGAUGUGCUAGACGGUGGGAGGGAUGUCUUGAUGGCGUUUGCUCCAUUCUUCGAGGACAUGUCUAUCAAGAAGGUUUGUCAUAACUAUAGUUUUGAUAGUCAUGUCAUUGAGAACUAUGGAAUCAAGGUGGCUGGGUUUCAUGCUGAUACAAUGCAUCUUGCACGCCUUUGGGAUUCUAACAGGAGAACCGAUGGUGGAUAUUUACUCGAAGGACUUACAAAUGAUCCGAGAGUCAUGAGUGAUGUUGGAAAGGAUUUGAUUAAAACUGGAAAGGUAUCAAUGAAAACAAUCUUUGGUACAAAAAAGAUUAGAAAAGACGGAGGUGAAGGGAAAGUUGUAUAUAUUGAACCAGUAGAAAAGCUGCAAAGGGAAGACAGAAAGAUGUGGAUUUGCUAUUCAUCAUUGGAUUCAGUGAAUACACUGAAGCUUUAUGAAAGCCUGAAAAGCAAGCUUGAAGCAAAAGAAUGGAUUUUGCAUGGUUGUCCUAGAGGAACAAUGUACGAUUUCUAUGAAGAGUAUUGGCGUCCCUUUGGUUCCCUUCUUGUGAAGAUGGAAACAGAGGGAAUGCUUGUUGAUCGUGCUUACCUCUCAGAGAUCGAGAAAACUGCUGUUGCUGAACAGAAAUUGGCUGCAGAUAAGUUCAGGCAAUGGGCAUCUGAAUAUUGUCCAGAUGCCAAGUACAUGAAUGUGAAUAGUGAUAUACAACUUCGCCAGCUUUUCUUUGCUGGCAUUGAGAACAGGCAUAAACAUGGUGAGACCUGGCCACAAAGUAAAAUGUUUAAAGUGCGAAAUGAUGAAAACGUAGCUCCAGAGGGCCAGAAGGCUUCAAAGUUCCGCACAAUCGAACUUUCUGGUAUUGUGGAAGAUCUGAAAAUUGAUAUGUUCGCCCCGAAUGGGUGGCCUUCAGUCAGCAUUGAUGCAUUGAAAAUAUUGUCUGAUAAGAUACCCAUGGAUCAAAUUUACACACCAAAGUGGUCGGACCCUUCCCUGGACCCUGCGCAAGCGGGAGCUACAUGCACCAGGUUGCCCUUUUUAGAAGACGACCAAGAGCGAGAUGAAUAUAGCAAUGGUUCAGAACUUCCCGAGCAGGAUAUAGAAGCGGCAUCAUCAUAUGGAACCGCAUAUGAACCGUUUGGUGGAGGAAAGAAGGGAACAGAAGCAUGCCAUGCCAUUGCGGCUGUGUGUGAAAGGUCCUCUAUUGACAAGUUGAUAUCCAGCUUCAUUCUUCCCCUGCAGGGAGAUAAUAUAUCAUGCAAGGAAGGGCGCAUUCACUGCUCGCUAAAUAUCAACACUGAGACAGGGCGCUUAUCAGCACGAAUACCAAAUUUGCAGAAUCAACCUGCACUUGAAAAGGAUCGAUAUAAGAUCCGCCAAGCUUUUGUUGCAGCUCCAGGGAACUCUCUUGUUGUUGCUGAUUAUGGCCAGCUGGAGCUGAGGAUCUUAGCCCAUCUUACUAGUUGUAAAAGCAUGCUGGAUGCUUUCAAGGCUGGUGGUGACUUUCAUUCUAGAACAGCUAUGAAUAUGUACGAGCAUGUACGUGAUGCUGUUCACGAAAAGAAAGUACUUCUUGAAUGGCAACCUCAACCAGGUCAAGAGAAGCCUCCAGUGCCAUUGUUGAAGGAUGCUUUUGGUGCUGAGAGAAGGAAGGCUAAAAUGCUUAAUUUCUCUAUUGCAUAUGGAAAGACAGCUCAGGGACUAUCCCGUGAUUGGCAGGUGUCUGUCAAGGAGGCAAGGGAUACACUCAAACUCUGGUACAGAGAUCGAAAAGAAGUUUCAGCUUGGCAAAAGAGGCAGAAAGAGCUUGCUCGUGAAAAAUGCGAAGUAUACACAUUGCUAGGACGGUCACGCCGCUUUCCUAACAUGACUCACGCACCCCAUGGUCAAAAAGGCCAUGUUGAUCGUGCUGCUAUAAAUGCACCAGUGCAGGGCAGUGCAGCAGAUGUUGCCAUGUGCGCAAUGCUUGAGAUAGAAAGAAAUGCUCGCCUUAAGGAGCUCGGUUGGAGACUCCUAUUACAGGUGCACGACGAAGUGAUACUGGAGGGGCCUACAGAAUCUGCUGAAGCGGCCAGGGCCAUCGUGGUAGAGUGCAUGUCCAAACCCUUCUAUGGAACCAACAUCCUGAAGGUGGACCUGGCUGUUGACGCCAAGUGUGGAAAGAGUUGGUAUGACGCCAAGUAGAAGUUGUUCUCGCAUGCACAUACAUGAUCAGAUGUGCAUGUUUGUCGGCCACAAAAUAUGACCAUAUCGGCUCCAUCAGACACGGUGGGAUUGGGCUGGUGUAGAUAUUGCAGUUCCAGUAGCGGCAGAAGCAGUGCAAGAGCAUUGAAGAACGGCAGUGGUGGCACGAAGGAGUUUUUUUUUUUAAAACGAGGCAAAAGAUUUGCCAUUUUCAUUGAAUAAGGAGAAGAGUUUGUGUUCCUACAUAAUAGCCCCGCAAAAACGGGAAAGGGGCAAGGCCUACUCUCGCGGCAUCAAAUUAUAUCAAAUUACACAAAUGUCUAGCACCCGCCAAA